GACAAAUCGAAAAACUCAUGCCGGGCGACACUGCCAUGACUGACGCGGUGCUGGCUGACGGGACUCCAGCGGAAAUGGCAUUUGGCAUGUACAAGGAGUACAAGAUAUCUUCCUACGUGAUGCUAUUCAUGCUCCUUGUCUUGAUCUCUAUCGGUGUCAGCCAUGUGCUCGAACGGAAGUGGAAACUCACGUUCAUCACAAGCAGCGGAGCAACCAUUCUCAUCGGCCUUGUCGCCGGUGCUCUGUGCUCGCUGGACCAGUCGGACAUCGUUGCUCGAUGGCUGGUCGGGUUUGAUCCGAAUGUGUUCUUUGUGGGGCUCCUUCCUCCAAUCAUUUUCAACUCUGGCUACACCAUGAAGCGGCGGCACUUCUUCGCCAACUUGUCGAGCAUUCUCCUGUUUGCCAUCUUGGGUACAUUUGCUUCCUCGGUGGUUGUCGGCGGUCUUCUCUACUUCUUGGGAUCCAUGGGGCUGAGUUUGCAAAUGCCAUUGGCCGAGUGCCUUGCAUUUGGCGCGUUGAUCAGCUCCACGGACCCCGUGUCCACGUUGGCAGUGUUCCAACAGCUCAACGUGGACCCCAAGCUAUUUUACAUCAUUUUCGGCGAAAGCGUGCUCAACGACGCGAUUUCGAUCGUGCUAUUCAACACGUUUUCCAAGUUCAUUGGCGUCAAUGUCAUUCAUGCCCAUGCGAUUUCGUACGCUGUGCUGGACUUUGUCGGAGUAUGUGUGGGCUCGAUCUUCGUCGGCGUCUUCUUUGGCUGUGUGUCGUCGCUGGCCCUCAAGCACCUCAAACACUUGACCCUCAUGCACGAAGUGAGUCUGUUUUUGCUAUUUGCGUACAUGCCGUUCCUGGUCGCCGAAGUGCUCGAGCUGUCUGGCAUCGUGUCCGUCUUGUUCGCGGGCAUGCUCAUGAAGCAUUACACGUCCAACAACCUGUCGCCGACCGCCCAGGACAUCGCGUCCAACGUGUUCCACGUCGUCGCGUUUGUGUGUGAGCUCGUUGUGUUUCUAAACUUGGGCCUGUCGUUCUUUACUAUGGAGCGCGGACUCAGCGUUCCGUUUAUGCUGUGGGCCAUCCUCGCGUGUCUCGUGGCCAGGGCUGUGCACGUGUAUCCGCUAGCCAUGCUCCGCAACGCAUGCCUCCGUCGUGGAAGAAGCCACUCCCAAUCUCGACUUAGUCGCAACGAGCAGCACAUGAUUUGGUUUAGCGGUCUCCGCGGCGCGAUUGCAUUUUCGCUCUCAUUGUCAUUCCCUCUUCCUUUUCGCGAGCAAGUUCGCGCGGCCACGAUGGUCGUGGUGGUCGUGACCGUGCUCGUCAUGGGCGGGCUCACAGUGAAGCUGCUCAACGUGCUCGACAUCAAACGCGUGCCGAAAGAAGCUGAAGGCGAUGAAGCUGUGUUGCAAGCCUCCACGAAACGGCAUGUGCUAUUGAAGUGGGAUGCCAAGUACUUUCUGCCUUGGCUCACCACGCUCCCUAUGUAUGACGAAGUGGAUUUGCAGUCGAUUCAUACCGCAGGCUCCUCGCCAAACAGUGUCGUCGACGAGGUUUUAACUACUGCCGGACCAAAUGGGUUUGAAAUAGUCUCAGUCGACACCAAUGCAACGGACAACCGCCAUGUAGUGACCGAUACUGCCGCUGGUGCUGUGCUAACCUAGACCUACGAACGAUAUGACAAUAUUAAGAUUUGAUCAGUAAGGGUGCGUCUGGUAACAUUUAAAAAUAAUAUUCCAUUUUCUCGC